AAUAAAACUCUUACACAAAUCUUAGGGCUACAAAUAGAGGGGUUUUUUUUGGGCUGUCCUCUCUCUCUUUUGGGUGUCGCUGGUUUUGGCAUCUUUCAGACUCUCUCUAUCCAGCAGUUGUAGUGGUGAACGGCGGAGGACACAAAUCCGACGAGGACUAUGUGGAAGUGGAAGCAAAACUGUGGGGGCAUCUGGAAUCUUUCUUAGAAACUGCAAGAUCCUUCAACAUGAUUUACACCAAGGAAAUUCGUCCUUGGACGCACAUGAUGGAGGUACCACUGCUUCAUGGGUUUGGGCCAGCAGCUAAUCGCUUGUUAGAGGCAUACAAGACACUUUUGAAGUUGUGGGUUUACGCCUACUUUCCUAGGCUCGCACCCGUACCGGUCACGGAGACCCCUCUGGUCGUCCCCUUUUCGCGUCGCUUUGACGGGAGAUGCACCCAGAGGCCGCGAGAGACUUUCAGCUUCUUCCGCCACUUCUUCGACACCAUUACCCCCGCGGAGAUCACCUGGCAGCCUUGGGCUCCUUUACCAGCCGUGGCGCGGGAUCGGUUUGCCGGUGCCGAUGAGACCUCGCGUUUCCGGAUCUUGUUGGAGGGCCCGGUCUGUCGAGCUUGGUACCUGGGUGAGCGUUUCUUACGCCAGACCCUAAGGUUACCGGAACAGAUAGUCCCGGUUCACCCUCCCGAGGAUAUGAGGGAGACCGAGAGGCUCACUAAGGAGCAGAUGGCCGAUUAUACCAUCGGUUGGAAGGCGACCCGCUUCAGAGGCAUCGGCGACUACCGAGAGUACGUACAGACGUAUCUUAUGCGGCCUCUGAGCGGCGGCCGCCGAGCUGAGGGAGUUAGACCCGUGGCGCCAGCAGCGAGGACAGGAGUGGGAGCUGGAGCUGGAGCUUCGAGGAGGGCCCGGGUCCGUGGCAGGGGCAGAGUUCAGGGGGGACGGGGGACCGGUUGGCCUGUUCUGCCUACUUCACUGACUUUCCGAGGGCAGGGUGGGGCGACCUAUCAGGAGAACGGCUGCUGCACUGAUUUGCAGAAGAACCCAUCAUGGUUGUUCCACGAGCUUCUUCUGGUGGGAUCUACUCUUUGA